GCCCGCCCUAGUCCUCGUCUUCUUAGUUGCGGUGUUCCUCCGGGCUGUGAAACCUCCAAAGCAACCUUUGUGAAUGUUUUCCCGAAGGAAAAGAACUUCCGCCGUUCCAGUCACGUUAACUCUGUCCCCAGCGUCCUCCCGCCUGGCGAUUCCAGCGCAUUCUGUGUUGUGGUAUAAGAAGCCCCAAAUGGCCAGGUGCCUCUCUUGUCUUCCAGUAUAUUGGGACCAUAAUUGCGCCUCCUGAGAGAUUCUGCUUUAGAAUUUUCCUACAUGAUAUACAGUCCUGUGAUCCAGGCCUGAGCAAUGAUGUUCCAGGUUCAUUUUGGAGGAGGAUGUGUUUCUAGGGAUGUAAUCUGCCUUCGUGAAGGAAAGAUACAGACAGCAAAGAUGGUGGCUGACUGUCUAAUGAAUAAUAAUCAGGACUCAGUGACCUUUGACGAUGUGGCUGUGGAGUUUAGCCACGAAGAAUGGAUUUUAUUGGAUCAAACUCAGAGAAACCUAUACAGAGAUGUGAUGCUGGAGAACUACAAGAACCUGGCCACAGUGGGAUGUCAGCUGUUCAAACCUAGCUUGAUCUCUUGGCUGGAAGAAAAAGAGCUGAGGACAGUGCAGUCAGGAGUUUUCCAAGAAUCACAGUUGAGAACAAAAGGGUCAGCCCUUGAGCAGGACAUUUUUUGGUUAAAAACAUCAAAUGGGAUACAAACGGCAGGAAGUCACAGUGGAGGGGAAUUCUGUGACUGGAAGCAAUGUGGAGAAAUGUUCAGUGAGCACUUAUGCUUUAAGACACACAUGGGAACUCAAAAUACACAGAACACUUAUGACUAUAAUCAGUAUGGGAAGGACUUUCUUACUCUGCAUAAGAAAACCUCUACUGGAGUGGAACUUUCUGUGCUGAAUCACUGUGGAAAAGCCCUUAGCCUGACUCCAAAUAUCGUUUCCCAGAGAACAUGCCCCCAAGACAAGUCCUUUGAAUGCAGUGACUGUGGGGAAGCAUUCUUUAAUUCAUCACACCUUCAGGUACACAGGAGAUCUCACACUGGAGAAAAAGUCUACAAAUGGAAUCAGUGUGGGAGAGCUUUUACUCAGACCACAAGCCAUGCUGUGCCUAUUCAAAUGCAUACUGUAAAAAAAUCCCCCGAAUGUAAUGAAUGUGGCAAAGUCUUUAGAUAUUCUGCAUAUCUUAAUAAUCACAGGCAAAACCAUACUGGGGGAAAACCCUAUGAAUGUCAGGAAUGUGGGAGAUCCUUCACUGUUUCUUCAAGCUUAACUGAACAUGUAAGAAUUCAUGCUGGAGAGAAGCCCUGUGAAUAUAUGGAAAGUGGGAGUGACUACAAUAAGUUUUAUCUAGUAUCUGAACAUUUAAAAACUCACACAGAGGAAAAUCUCUUUGAAUGUAAGAUAUGCAGAAAAUUAUUUAGAAACUCCUCAUGUCUUUAUCAUAAUUGUCAAAUUCAUGCUGGAGUAAAGCCCUAUAUAUGUAUGGACUGUGGGGAAACUUUCAUUUGGCACUCUGUCUUUAUUACACAUGUACAAACUCACAUUGGAGAGAAGCCCUAUAAAUGUAAGGACUGUGGGAAAGCCUUCACUGGGCACUCAGGACUUAUUAAUCAUGAACGAACACACACUGGAGAGAAGCCCUAUGAGUGUAAGGAAUGUGGAAAAGCCUUUACUGUGUAUUACCGACUAACUGAACAUUUAAGUACUCACACAGGGGAGGAGACCUUUGGAUGUAAGGUAUGUGGGAAAUCCUUUAGAAAUUCCUUAUCCCUUAAUCGUCACAGUCGAGUUCACACUGGAAUAAAGCCCUAUGAGUGUAAGGACUGUGGCAAAACCUUCACUUGGCGCUCCGACCUUACAAGACAUACAAGAACUCACACUGGAGAGAAGCCCUAUGAAUGUAAGGAAUGUGGGAAAGCCUUCAGUACAUUCUCAGGUCUUAUUGAACAUAUAAGAAUUCACACUGGAGAAAGGCCUUUUGAGUGUAAAGAUUGUGGGAAAUCCUUCACUGUUUCCUCAAGCCUAACCGAACAUAUAAGAAUUCAUACUGGAGAGAAGCCCUAUGAAUGUAAGGAGUGUGGAAAAGCUUUCACUGCACGCUCAGGGCUUACUAAACAUGUACGAACACACACUGGAGAGAAGCCCUAUGUAUGUAAGGAAUGUGGGAAAGCCUACAGGAGGUUUUAUUUACUAAAUGAACAUUUGAAACAUCACAUGGAGGAAAAGCCCUUUGAAUGCAAGGUAUGUGGAAAAUCCUUCAGAAAUUCCUCAUGCCUUAAUAAGCAUGUUCGAAUGCACUCUGGAGAGAAACCCUAUGAAUGCAAGGAAUGUGGGAAAGCCUUCACUGUUUCUUCAAGCCUAACUGAACAUUUAAGAACUCACACAGGAGAGAAGCCUUAUGAAUGUCUUACUGAUUUGGAGAGAAAACCUAGUGAUGUAAGACGUGGAAAAGUUGUAGUUCUCUUAAGUAGCUUGAUGCUCACUCAUGAUCUCACAGUGGAAAAGAACUUCAUAAAGCAACACCAGUCUUUUCUAGUUGCUUCAUGUUCCAGGUUGGAAACUGGCAAAGUGGGCCUUCAGGAUUCAGACUUAAUCCUAUUUUACCACUAUAUUCUCUGGUUGGCUUUUCAUGGUCUUAUACAUGGUCCACCUACAGUAGUUCAUACCAGCCAAGGUAGGGAUCUAAUACUGCUGUAAAUGUUGUAAAACUUCUUGUGUUCCUCUCUCACACCUUAUCCUUUCAGAUAAAAAGGCAGCAUGAAAAAAUUGGCUCGGUGGAGAAAGGGUGAAGUAAUAGCUAGUAAUGUGAGGUACCCCAAAUUCAUAACCAUGGAGGGAGAGCCAUAGCCCUUGCAUCUGGGGAGGGUGGGAAGUUUGGUAUUGUCAGGCAGUGAAAGGAGGGGUUGAGAACCCUGAAUGUUCUCUUUAACCCCUAGGUCCACUUCACAGCUUGGCAGAACAAUCAUGUCAUAUGCCUGAGUCAAGCAAUAGUUGGAGCUAGGAACAUGACCUGCCUCUGUGUUUGUCAUUCCGUCCAUGUGCUGUGAAAUCAGAAAAACUCCUGUCAACAUGACUAAUCAUGAUGGUCCCCUGUGCUUGACACCAUCACUGGUGCUUUACUGUGGCCCUUGGGUACAGACACAUAGACCAACCCAACCAGAUUUCACUUGGAGUGAUCCAAAUUUAUAUACUUUUGAUGCUUAGGCAACCUUGGGUUAUACCGUGUAUGACCAUCAUAGCUACAACUGCCUUAUGACUCUGUGGCACUUAAUCCAGCCAUCAUUAUGGUUAUACAAAACAAGCUAAACAAUAAAUCUUGAAUGUAUCUUUGUGUUAUAUGUUUGUACUUGGAGAGGAGUGGGUCGUUGAAUGGUUCUCUUGUGGGUAGGAGUGUUUCUUGUAGCUUAUCUGUUCCCACCUUGAAUUGUCAGCAAUAAUCCUGUAAAAAUCAAUUAGUGUUGUCUGCCUCGUGUGGUUUGAGAUGGCUCAUAGUCUGGUCUUAGAUGUCAUCAUGAUUGUCUGAAAUAAGUCCUAUAGGAUCCCCUUGAAACUUGUUCACAGUUUGAGUCUGGGCCCUUCUGGGUCAUGGGUGACAUCCGUAACACAGGUUGAUUUCAUAUAUGUGCUUGGACUCCUAGUGUUAGUAUCAUUAAUAAGUGAUAUCUCAGUCUCACCACCCAGAUAUGACCCUGCCCCAGGAGCUCACUGCUGGCCAAGACAUCACCCCAGCCCAAGACCACACCAUUGGAGAUGAAUUCACCCAAUUCCCCUGAACCUUGGCUGUCUUGAUGCCCAUAGACUGGGGCUCCUAAGACACAAAUUUGACACAAAACAUUUUUGAUUUCCUUUGUUUGACAUUUGAGAAUCUGAUACGUGCCUGAGCUAGGUGUUGUUUCAACCUAUGAUCCUGGGAAAUUUCAGCUGAAACAUUCAGCAAUACACCCCAUGCCUAUAGGAAAUCUGUUAGAGGUUACUCCUAUCUGUGCUGUUUUGAAAACUGAUAAAAGAUCUUUGGAUUCCCCAGGAGGCACCUGCCUCAUAUCAGUCAACCCGUGACCCCCUGAGGGGUCUUCCUGGUGCUUACUACCCCCCUACACUUUUUAUCUUGAUCUCCUUACUCUGUCUCCUUGUUUGCACAGAAAACCACUAACCUUUGCAUGUUUUACUAAUUUAUCAGUUCAUACUCUCCAACAACAUAACUCCAGACAUGCAACCUUAAUUAUUGUCAAACUCAUACUUUUAACAUACUUUACAACUCCACAGAGAUAUUACUGACCUUUCAAGGGUUGGCCAGUUAGUUCAUCUAGCAGAGUUUAGUGCUGAUAACACCAAUCCAAAGGGCUCAGGUCCCCAUACCAGCCAGCCACCAAAAAAAUAAAUAAAUAAAUAAAUUUUUUUACGGGGCUGGCUGGUUUGCUCAGUAGGUUAGAGCAUGGUGCUGAUAUCACCAAGGUCAAGGGUUCAGAUGCCUAUACUGGCCAACCUCUCCCAAACAAAAACAAAAACAAAAAACAUAUGAGAUUAUUGACACUUUCAAAAUUUCAAAUUUAUUUUCUUGAGCAAUGCCAUAUAUGAGGGAAUUUCAAAAAGUUCAUGGAAAGAUUCAUAUUAUCUUUUUUUUUGACUGGUAAGGGGAUCGCAACCCUUGGCACAGUGUGGUCUGCACCAGGCUCAGCCAGUGAGCGCACCGGCCAUCCCUGUAUAGGAUCCGAACCCGCGGCCUCGGCGCUACCAGUGCCGCACUCUCCUGAGUGAGCCACAAGGCUGGCCCCAUAUUAUCUUUUAAUUCUAUUUUUCCACAAAGUUUUUGA